AUGAAAGCGGGGGUCCGGACAGUGUGGCUGCCGCUGACGAAACAACUAAAAAGAAAAACAACGCACGUCGAAACAAGCGAAAUGCAUUUACGAUUCCGAAUCGCCCAUGAGCUCCGGAUGUGGGGCUGCGUCCAAAGUUCCGUCGUUAACAAUGCAGGGGCCGUGAGCGACGGUUCAUUAGCAGAGUUGGAAGCGGUGCUGCUUCACGAACAGUUCGCCUCGCCGCGAUCAUUACGGAGUCCUAAGCGCUCGUCUUUCUCCGUGUGUCCGUCUGUCUCUCUGUUUGGAAGUAUAUGCGUG